CUCCAUUGAUUGGGGAAGCUGUCCUUUUGUACUCAAAUGUCUCUGUGGAUUUAGAAAGUCUGCAGCUCUUCAAGAAGAGAAGAGUCUUCAAGAGUAAUGUCAUUAUCAAGUGCUGAAAGCCAAACACCUCAUAGAAUUCUUCGCAGUUAUGCACCCGUGUUUACAACGUCCCGUUAUGGUAAGCCGGUUAUCCAGAUGGGCAGGUACCGGUUCAAUAAAUCUGGGAAUACCGGUUGGAAGACCCACUGGUACUGCGUUAAGGCCUGCAUGAAAUGCAAAGCUAAAAUAGUGACCAAAGAUGAUGAGAUUAUAGAAAUCAACGCGUUACACAACCACCAGUGACCUUAGCAGAUUUUAGGUAUUUCCGUUGCAAAUAUUAGGUACAGUUUCAGACAUGAUAUUUAUUAUUCCUGUAUCAAAACGGGGACUAUUCAGUGUCAAUUUUGUUCUUGUUUGUUUUAUUGAUAAUUAUUAUUAUAUUUAUUUCUUGAAUUGCGCGAA